CAUCCCCACAUGCGUGUUUAAACAAGAGCUCAAAACCAAAACCUCCACUGACGGACAAGGCAGGGAAGCAUCAUAAAACAAGCACAAGCCUGCAAGUUCAUCAUUUCAGUCAGCACGAGAACCAAUUCCUUGUCAUCAUGACCCCUGUAACUGCUCCAGCUGAUACCCAAAUCUCCCGACGCACAGCUUUUCUAAAAGGCAAGCCCAAAGCACUGGGGACUGUGCAGAUCAUGAUCGGAAUCAUGACUCUCUUGUUCGGUAUCGUUUUAACCUCGCUUACUGUUACACCUGCAAUCAUCAGUGGUAUCACUGUGUGGGGAUCACUUAUCUAUAUAAGUUCUGGUGCUCUGUCGGUUGCUGCAGGGAACAACUACAAUUCCUGCGUGGUGAAAGCCUCGUUGGGAAUGAAUGUGUUCAGUGCUGUGGUUGCAGGUAUCACCCUUAUUUUGUUUCCAGUGGACAUGUUGUAUGGGUCUGCACUCACUGCCAUGUGUCAACACCAUUACUAUGACAGAUCUUACAACUCUUACAACCCUUACAGCUCUUACAGAUGUGCUUAUUCCUCCGUGCAUAUGUGGAAUGGAAUCUAUGGAGUGCUGUUGGUUUUCUCUCUGCUUGAGUUCAUCAUUUCUAUCUGCACUUCUGCAUUCGCCUGUAAAGUCACCUGCUGCAGUGAAACUAGACUGAUAUAUUCACAGCCGAUGUAUUCACAACCGAUGAAUUCACAGCUGAUGAAUUCACAGGUGAUGAAUUCACAGGUGAUGAAUUCACAGCCGAUGAAUUCACAGCCGAUGAAUUCACAGCCGAUGUACAAUCCUGCAUUCUACAACCCACAGGUUCCACAACAAUCAUCUGUAAUCACCUACAACAAUGUUUAAAUAAUAGUUCAGUUAUUUUCUGAAACCUGGCAUACUUUUGCAGUCAAAUCCUGCUCAUUGAUGUAUCUAUACUGUUAAAGCUUUGCAUUAUGUAUCAUGUCUAAAAAUAAUCUCUGAAUAAAUUAGUGUUAUGUAACGAUAGCUUACUUUGUUUAACCUGUUUAAUUAACUUUAAUAAAACUUUCCACAUGGUC